AUGAUGGAUGAAUUGUGUUUUAGUGGUGGAAAUGCAUUAGAAGGAUGAAUAGUCCUAAUUAGUUUUGGUCAUCUGUGGAUGGCAUCUUGUAUCUCAAAUUCUCUAUCAUUUCAAUGGAGGAAGACAAGUCCAUAUUGUUUAUUUGGUUGGAACAUAGGCCGAAAGAGAGUUGAUGACAAACCUCAGAUUAAAUAUCAUGAUAUUGAUCUCACUUUCUCAACUUCUCUAGUUAACAAAACAUUUUUGAAAGGUAAGGAACUGAAAUGCUGCUACAGGGCAACAAUUGAUGGAUUUAGUGCAACAAAUUUCCACCAAUGUUGUGAUUUUAAAGGGCCAUGUGUAAUAAUAGGUUACACAGACAACUCUUUCAAGUUUGGUGCAUUUAACCCUGAAGGAUAUAGAAGCACAGAUGAUUACUAUGAAACAUUUGAUGCAUUUCUGUUUUAUUGGAUAGAAAAUAAAACUGAACCGAUCAUUUUGCCUAAGGUUGGUGGAAGUGGUGCAGCUCUGUUUGAUUAUGCUCGUGGUGGGCCGCAAUUUGGGGCAGAUGGGCUUCUCAUUGGGCCCCCAUUAGCCCCAGUUAUGGGUGGUUUUGCUGGGCCUGAUACUAAUUCUGGUGUUGGUGACUUAAGACAAGCCAAGUCUAGAUUGGGACUAUCUUAUGCUAAAAGGGAAGAUGGCAAGGAGUCUAUCUUUGGGGAUGAGUCUAGGGCAACUAUUCAAGAAGUAGAAGUGUUUUGUAGCCCCAAAAUUGCAAGCUUAUACUAGCAAUUCAUUAUGGGGUAAGGAAUACUAUCUUAUACUAAUGAAUUUGAAUUCUCAUAAUUCAUGUAAUCAUGUAGUCACCGAUUUAGACAUUUGGAUCAAAAUCAGAGGAUUCAUGACGUUUUUAUUUUGUACUUUAUUAAAGUUCAAGAGUGAGCAGUCAAAUCUUAAUGUGAUUGUACACAUUGUAAGGAUACGUCAAAUGUGUGAUGUUCUACAUAUGUUUAUAGUGAAACUAUGUCACUAGAUUGACCAUGAAAUAGUAUGUGAUUUGUACAUUUGUACUAUAAGUAGUUGUAUCCUUCAAGUAAGGUAUGUAAAUGUGUGUAAUGGUCUA